ACCCGAGUCGAGUCGAGUCGUGCCCAGCCCGCUUGCUUGCCGAUCACAUCCCUACUUGCUAACAGCUCGAGCUAGCUUGGGGAACUAGCCAUGAGCUAACGACCAGCUCGCAAGGAAGCCUUUUUUUUCCCCUCUUUUAUCAACGGCAACUCAAAACCUCGCCCGAGGCGGUAACCGCGUGAAAGCUUUCAACAACUCUGGAAGGGAUUUAAAGCCCCCGCUGCUGCAGCUGGUGGUGUUGAUCUAAAUCGUCCGGCCUUCAUUUCACAAUCCCUCCCCGAUCGGAUCCCUCGCGACCCAGCGCCAUGGCAGCUGCUAAACCCAAAGGGCAGAAUUCUUUAGCCCUCCACAAAGUGAUUAUGGUGGGCAGCGGCGGAGUGGGGAAGUCAGCGCUCACGCUUCAGUUCAUGUAUGACGAGUUUGUGGAAGACUACGAACCCACCAAAGCGGAUAGCUACAGGAAGAAGGUGGUGCUGGACGGCGAGGAGGUGCAGAUCGACAUCCUGGACACGGCCGGGCAGGAGGACUAUGCUGCCAUUCGCGACAACUACUUCCGCAGCGGCGAGGGCUUUCUCUGCGUUUUCUCCAUCACGGAGCUGGAGUCUUUUGCGGCGACGGUCGACUUCAGAGAGCAAAUCCUACGAGUGAAGGAGGACGAGAACGUUCCCUUCCUGCUGGUGGGCAACAAGUCGGACCUGGACGACAGGCGGCAGGUGAACGCGGACGAGGCCAAGGCCCGCGCCGAGCAGUGGGGGGUGUGCUACGUGGAGACCUCAGCCAAGACCCGGGCCAACGUAGACAAGGUGUUCUUUGAUUUAAUGAGGGAGAUCCGGGCGAGGAAGAUGGAAGACAGCAAAGAGAAGAACGGCAAGAAGAAAAGCAAAAGUUUGGCCAAGAGAAUCCGGGAGAGGUGUUGUAUUUUAUAGUGGCCAAACAGCUACCCUAAAAAAAAAAAAAAA